AUGUCCCGCACAAACCACGCGGCCUGUAGAGGAUCGCUGCCACUGAAAGGCAGGAAAGUUUUGACGCAAGUUGAUCUGUGGUUCGAUUCGCGUCCCGUUCAAUCGGUCGCCGUCCCGCCCACGCGCCGUCCGGUCGUGACGUUAAAGAUAACGUUCAUCCAUGCUGUGAAUAAAGCGAGAGCAAUGCUUCGGAUGUCGCAGCUGCUCGAUUGCAGUAUUCCUAUCUGGCCUACACAACUCGGGCGGUACACCGAAAUGGCACGGUCACCGGAUUCUCUACAGCGCAACUAUGACAUCGACGUGAUGCAGAUCGAAUUGCCUCAGUCCGAGAUGCGCGGGGGUUGGACCGAGCUGGUUCACCCGUCAGGAGCCGUAUACAACUACAAUGCGGGAAUGGGACUCGAACUGGAGGCUCAAUUUUGGAAACAUGCCGAAUAUUUUCCUCACGAAAUCACAAUACCCCUCUCCGAAGUAAGAGCUUUGCGAAUUCAGCUGAACUGGUAUCGCGUAGAAGCAUUGGCCAUUGAACAGUCAACAGCGGCUUCAAUAUUCUGGACUCUGGACCAGAUGAAGGAAAUGACCGAUGAGCUGAUCAUUGCUGGCACGUACCUUUAUCUUCACCGUUCAACCCACAUUAAUAUUAUCAAAUUGAUGACUGACACAGAGGAACUUGCAGAACCUGAUGGGACCAUGAAGGGACCAGGUGUUGCAAUAUGUGGUGCGCAAAAUAUUGCAUAUGCUCCGUACGAUCCCGUUUUCUCAUACCAUACGUCAUUGAAUCAAGCGAUCAAAACAGGUCAUCACGAAUACCUGAACCAUUAUGGCCAACCCGAAGCUCGCCUGAUACGAAUGCACUCACUGGCCGAAAAACGCAGAGACCUCGAAGAUUCUCCCUUGAUCGCUGGCGCUGCAGCCGCCAUGCUUUGGAUUCCAUUGAUGAUGCUUAGACGCCUUAAAACGAUUUACGUUGAUGGUCUCGUGAAUGUGGUGGACAUAAGGAGUUUUACUGACAAUUUCAGUGCCCAGGCUAAAGCUCAAACCACCGUGGCAAGUGUCAUCAUGGCCGUCAACGCCAGCAUCCUUGCUGUCCCAGGUUUGGGCACGCAACUUACCACGAAAACGAUGUGCUCUAUCUCCUUCGUUCUCAGUUUCUACUGUAUUAUCGGGUGCGCAAUAGCACAACACUUUGGUCACAGGUUAAGAUCCCUUGACUUUGCGGUGUAUUAUCUACAGGAGAAGAUGGCCAGUCUUGCUAUCAUCGCAAGUAUACCGAGUUUUUUGUACCUGACGAGUUUGGGAUUUUCCAUCCUCGGAUUUCUGGCAGGUGUAUUUACUGCUGAAUUCGGACUAUCUUUGUCUGCAAGGAUUGGAUGCGUGCUGGCGCUCGUUGUUGGAGCGGGCCUCAUACUUCCGUUGACGAUAGCCAGUUUCGGUCCUGGCCUGAUUCGGUGA